AUGAAUGACAUACGAAAGAAAUAUCUCCAAUUCCUGUAUCCAAAGUACUCCAAAUUCUUUGGAAUGAUAACAGCUUUGGAGGAUGAAAAGGUUAGAAAGCGGUUAAGAUCUCAAUUACUUGAAUGGCUUGAUACUCUUCCAGUUUAUGGAUUUAACAGUUCAUCAUAUGAUAUCAAUGUUAUAAAGAAAUACCUUCCACAAGUGUUGAUGAAAUAUAACAAGAAACACGGAAAUGUAUCAAAGAGUGAAAAGUUAUGGAUUCGUUCAAUUGAGGAAGAGUUGGGACGCAACAUUGAACAAAGCAAAAGAAUUGGACGAUACAAUGCUGAUGGGUAUGAUGGAGAGACAAACACAGUCUAUGAAUUCAAUGGAUGCUUCUUUCACGGCUGCCGAAAGUGUUAUCACCCGGAUGAUGUUAAUCCCCAUACAGGAGACAAAAUGAACGUGUUGUAUGAGAAGACGAUGAGAAAAGAGGCAAACUUGAAUCAGAUGGGAUACGAUGUUAAGCCAGGCGUGGAAGCGACAAAGAAGCUUUGCAAUUUCUUCCAGUCUUUGAAUCUCGAUAUGCACAAGGAUGGCAUUUCCAUUCCUGGACUUACUUUGAAAUAUCUUUGGAACACAAAAGACCACGAAUGUGGGCCAAGUAUCGUUUUUCAUCACUAUCACGAGAGGAACAAGACAAGAAUAAGAGGAGGCAAGCUUUGUCAGAAGAUUCUUGGAUAUGAUGCCAAUGCGUUGUAUCUCUGGGCCCUCAGUCAAGAUAUGCCUUGUGGUGAGCAUAAAAUGAUUGAGCCGUAUCCUGAUAUACUGGAAGAUGUUAUGAAUGGAUCGUUUUUUGGAGAGAUUGAAUGCGAUAUUGCUGUACCUGAGCAUGUAAAGGAACAUUUUGCAGAGAUGCCACCGAUAUUCAAAAAUACAGAGAUUCAAUACAAAGACCUCAGCAGUGACACAAAAGCACAGGUCAAACCAAAUUACAAGAGUAAGAAACUAAUUGGGAGUAUGUUUGGCAACAAGAUAAUAUUUCCUACUGAAUUACUGAAAUGGUAUCUUGAACACGGAUUGAUGGUAUCAAAUAUCACAUAUGCUGUCAAGUACGAACGCAAAGCACCAUUCAAGUCGUUUGCUCAACAAGUAUCUAAUGAAAGGAGAGCCGGAGAUACAAGUCCUGAUUAUAAACUACGUGGAGAAAUGAUGAAGCUGAUGGGAAAGUCUUCCUAUGGCAAAUGCAUCACAGAUUUCUUGAAACACGAGACAGUAAAGAUUGUUGGUCCUAAUAACUACAACAAAAAUGUCAGAAGGGUAAAAGAUUACAUUGGUCAUCAAGACCUUGUUGAUGGAUUUGAAUUUCGGUUCAAAAAGACGGCAUUCAAACAAAGCUUGCCCAUACAGAUUGGCUUCCAAGUGUACCAACUGGCAAAGUUACGAAUGCUGCAGUUUUACUACGACUUUGUGGAUUAUUACAUUGAUAGAAGUGACUUUCAGUAUUGUAUGAUGGACACGGAUUCGGCAUAUUUUGCCAUUUCUGGGAGUUCGUUACAAGACGUAGUGAAACCACAUCUAUUAGGCGAGUUCAAACAGAAAAGGCAAGUCUGGCUGGAAAGAGAUGAUACUCUAGAGAACAAGUUAUACGACAGUAGGACACCUGGGCUGUUCAAGUUGGAAUAUGAAGGAGAUUGCAUUAUAUCAUUGGCCAGUAAAAUGUACUAUUAUGACGAGAAAAAGUUUAGUUCAAAGGGAAUCAAUAAGGGCAAAAUGAAAUUACAAAAUACAAGUAUCUGA